AUGGUUCAGGUGAGACUCGGCGACGGCCACGGCUACGUGCAGGCCAAUCGCGAGGCCGACAUCGAGAAGUUCUUCCGCGAACAUCCACCUCUGGACGACCAGGGCAACGCAAUCGAGUGGGACGAGGUCGAGCUGAACCACUCGGUAGUAAUCGCCCUGGACUACCGCAAGCAGGCCAUCGCGCUCAUGGAGAAGGUGACGGACGGCUUCAUGGGCGUCGGCAUCAGCUCGCGCGCGUCCGCGUCGAAAACGUUGAUCCGCCGCCUGCCGGCUCGCGCCGCGCGUUUCGAUUUCGCGUCACGUCCACGUCCGCGCAGGUGGCACUGCUGCCGCACCAACAUCUUCCACGACCUCCCCUGGCUCAUCAUGAUCUGGUGCUUCUUCCUCGUCCUCGGCAAUCUCACUUAUGUGUGUCAAUUAUUUACGCUCGUCUUCACCGUGGCGUUCCACCCGAACCUGCGCGAGCUCCGCAAGAUCAUGGGCCUCGUCUGGGCCCACCGGGAGCACUCGUUGGCGCAUCAGCAGCUCAAAAGCUUGAUUGCUGAGGCCUGUGCCCAUUUCACGACUUAUCAUCUUAGUGAUCGCAAGGUCAAGUUGCCGUUCUAUCCCUUCGCUCUGGUGCUCAUUGAAGCCGGUCUGCUUCAACAGGUAGGUGCUUUAUGCUGCUUUGAUGGGUCGAUCAUCAUUUUGACGAAUUGGCUCUACGAGAAGAUGCCCUUCUACAGGUCUGAUUGUCGCCUCACUGUUGCCGUGGUCAUCAUCAUCGUGUUCAAUAUAGUAAUUGGUGCUACCAUCAUCUUCUGCUGCGUGCCCGUCGUCAUCUGGAGCUCGUGUUUCUGGGGAAGUAACUCCCAGAGCAUGGCGUCGCUGUACGGCGCCCUCCUCCCUUCGUUCUGCCUGCUGACCUACAAGAUGCCGCACAUCAUGGUCGCCGCAAACGCCGUCCUCGCCGCCUACCCCGGCCCGCCGCCCCCCGCCGACCUCAAGAUCCUCACGGAUUUCGCCGCGUCGGGCGAGAUCCAGAGAGUCGUCGCCGUCGGCUACGACGUCGAGCGGAUCAAGGCCGCGGAGGCCAAGAACCACUCGCACCUCGCCGACUUCCGCAAGGGCCUCGCGCGCCUCUGGCGCAAGAUGAAGUGGGACUAGGCAUAUAAUCUGAUUACUUGAGCUCAUCCUCUCUCGGGGCGCCACGGCGUGGACGCGUGGCAUCGCUUCCUGCCCGGCGCGGGCGCGUCCAUCGCACGCGCGCACGCGCAUCAACGCCGCCUUCGAUGGCGGUACGUCUCGCACAGUAGCCCUUGAACACUGGUGCGGGGCGCGUCCGGCGCCGACUCACCGCGAUCGAUACCGUAGAUGCAGUCCUUGUUGAAUCCAACGCAGUCGCGU